AGACAGAGAGAGACAGAGACAGGGUGAGACAGAGAGAGAGACAGAGACAGAGAGGGACAGAGUGAGACAGAGAGAGCGACAGAGACAGGGUGAGACAGAGACAGAGUGAGAGAGUGAGACAAGCCACCCGAAUAGAGCGAAGCAUAAGGACAAGCAGAGGGAGAUUCUGCGACACCGAGACAGAGAAGCCACCUGCUGCAUAGGAGCCGAGUCGAGAGGCACCCGGCAGCAGCAGCGAUCCACGCGGACAGCACCGGCGGCCCGGCCAGGUGAAGAGGGCAAGAAAACCUCGCCGCGUUGUUCCAGCUACUCUGACAGCAGCACAGGUUGGCUGCUGUCCAACCCGACGGUCCCCGUUUCCCACUGGUAACCUCCGAGUCCACCUUCGAGUUCACCUCCGAGUCCACCUCCAGAGAUGUCCGUGCAGGUGGCUCCUCCCUGCGCGUUCGCGCCCGCGGGACCCAUGAUGAGCCUCAUGGCUCCGGGCUCCCCGCAUCCCGCGCUCGCGUCCCCCGCGUCUCCCGCCGCGACGUCGGCGCGAAACCCGGGCUCCGGCAGCAGCAGCAGCAGCGGCAAGGGGCGCUCUGGGAGCAAGAAGCACCACAACCACCACCAUCACCACAACCACCAUCGCCAUCACAACAACCACCACCGCGCUUCGUCACCCGAGCUGUUACGGGUGAAGAGGCGGCACCCCUCGGGGGGGCUGGUGGGAUGCUUGGGGCUCCCGGCGCCCGCGUCCGUGGCGCGGCGCAACGAGCGGGAGAGGAACCGCGUCCGCCUCGUCAACAUGGGCUUCGCGGCGCUGCGGGAGCGCGUCCCGGGAGCCGGAGCGGCCAAGAAGAUGAGCAAAGUGGAGACGCUGCGCUCCGCCGUGGAGUACAUCCACGCCCUGCAGCACCUCCUGGAGCGCGGGGACGGAGCCGCGUGCGCCGCGCUUCGCGCCGCAAUGCCCGGCCACGGCGGAGACUGCGCAGCGCUCUCUGCGCUCGAGCUCUGCUGCUCCUCGUCGUCCGUCGCCUCCCCGCUCUCCUCGUCCGGCGCCUCCUCCUCCGAGAUGGCGUGCGGCUCGCUCAGCCCCGACGACCACGGCCUGGCUGCAGACUUUGCCGCCUGGUUCUGAGACUCGAGAGAGAGAGAUACAGACGGGAGAGGGACAGAGACACGGCGGGAUGGGAGCGAACGUGGAGUUCCCUUGCAGAGAGCGCGGAUGAUGAGUCCAGGAGGUGCUCCCUCCCCCACCAUUCCCUGUUCCCCGCUGAGUUAAAUGAUCACCUACACAGAGACGAUGAGUGAAUAACGAGUGUGACGAAGCGGAGGGGGGGAUGGGAGAGACGGUUAACGAGUCUGACUGUGGACUCGAGAAAGCGCGAGAGAGAGCGUGUGUGAGAGAGCGUGAAUUCCUGAGCGACUCUUCAACCAGUCACGUGAUUGUCUAAUAGUUAUGUUACUCGUCGAGACUUGGAACGCCGAGCAGCGGGGGAUCAGAGACCAGGAGUCGUGAAGCGGUCGCCACCUUGGCAAUGCUGUGACCCGGGAGGAGGGCCUCCCACGGACCCCCACGGACCCCCAUGGACUCCCGAGUUCCAAUAUCUACCUUGCACCCCUCACCCCCGAUGUCUGUGACACUGAUAAUCGCCGUCAUGUCCAUGAACACGAACAUCGGGGUGGCACACGUGUGAGGUCGCUCCCAACGCGUGCCCCGUUUGCCCGGGAGCGCGUUUCCUGCGCGUGUGACGCUGACAACAACAAGCGGAGGUUGGGUGGAUAACAUUGAGCGAGUUGGCAAAGUGGGGAACACAGAUGGUGGUAUCUGCCAGUUAUCUCAGUCAGUCAACCCUUAAAACCUGGGUCUGUCCCGUAACCUGCUGCCAGCAGAGAGACUUCG